GUAGUAGGACACGGGCAGGUAGUAGGACACGGGCAGGUAGUAGGACACGGGCAGGUAGUAGGACACGGGCAGGUAGUAGGACACGGGCAGGUAGUAGGACACGGGCAGGUAGUAGGACACGGGCAGGUAGUAGGACACGGGCCGGUUGUAGGACACGGGCCGGUUGUAGGACACGGGCCGGUAGUAGGACACGGGGAGGUAGUAGGACACGGACAGGUAGGACACGGGCAGGUAGUAGGACACGGGCCGGUAGUAGGACACGGACACGGGCAGGUAGUAGAACACGGGCAGAUAGUAGGACACGGACUGGUAGUAGAACACGGACACUUGCAGGUAGUAGAACACGGGCAGGUAGUAGAACACGGGCCGGUAGUAGGACACGGGCAGGUAGAAGAACACGGCCGGUAGUAGGACACGGGCAGGUAGUAGAACACGGGCAGGUAGUAGAACACGGGCAGGUGGUAGAACACGGGCCGGUAGUAGAACACGGGCCGGUAGUAGAACACGGGCCGGUAGUAGAACACGGGCCGGUAGUAGAACACGGGCAGGUAGAACACGGGCAGGUUGUAGGACACGGGCAGGUUGUAGGACACGGGCAGGUUGUAGGACACGGGCAGGUUGUAGGACACGGGCCGGUUGUAGGACACUGACACGGGCAGGUAGUAGGACACGGGCAGGUAGUAGGACACGGGCAGGUAGUAGGACACGGGCAGGUAGUAGGACACGGGCACGUAGUAGAACACGGACACGGGCAGGUAGUAGGACACGGGCAGGUAGUAGGACACGGGCACGUAGUAGAACACGGACACGGGCAGGUAGUAGAACACGGGCAGGGAGUAGGACACGGGCAGGUAGUAGGACACGGGCAGGUAGUAGGACACGGGCAGGUAGUAGGACACGGGCCGGUUGUAGGACACGGGCAGGUAGUAGGACACGGGCAGGUUCUACUACAGGACACGGGCAGGUAGUAGGACACUGGCCGGUUGUUUGACACGGGCCGGUUGUUUGACACGGGCCGGUAGUAGGACACGGGCAGGUAGUAGGACACGGGCAGGUAGUAGAACACGGGCAGGUAGUAGGACACGGGCAGGUAGUAGGACACGGGCAGGUAGUAGAACACGGGCCGGUAGUAGGACACGGGCAGGUAGUAGAACACGGGCAGGUAGCUCAGUUGGUAGAGCAUGGCGCUUGUAACGCCAGGGUAGUGGGUUCGAUUCCCGGGACCACCCAUACGUAGAAUGUAUGCACACAUGACUGACUGUAAGUCGCUUUGGAUAAAAGCGUCUGCUAAAUGGCAUAUAUUAUUAUUAUUAUAUAUAUUAUUUAUUAUAUAUUAUAUUAUAUUAUAGAACACGGGCUGGUAGAACACGGGCAGGUAGUAGAACACGGGCAGGUAGUAGGACACGGACAAGGCCAGGUAGUAGAACACGGGCAGGUAGUAGAACACGGACCGGUAGUAGAACACGGGCAGGUAGUAGAACACGGACAAGGCCAGGUAGUAGAACACGGGCAGGUAGUAGAACACGGACCGGUAGUAGGACACGGACACGGGCAGGUAGUAGAACACGGGCAGGUAGUAGGACACGGACACGGGCAGGUAGUAGAACACGGGCAGGUAGUAGGACACGGACCGGUAGUAGGACACGGACACGGGCAGGUAGUAGGACACGGACCGGUAGUAGGACACGGACACGGGCAGGUAGUAGGACACGGACCGGUAGUAGGACACGGACACGGGCAGGUAGUAGGACACGGACCGGUAGUAGGACACGGGCAGGUAGUAGGACACGGGCAGGUAGUAGGACACGGGCAGGUAGUAGGACACGGGCAGGUAUUAGGACACGGUCAGGUAUUAGGACACGGACCGGUAGUAGGACACGGACACGGGCAGGUAGUAGGACACGGACCGGUAGUAGGACACGGACACGGGCAGGUAGUAGAACACGGGCAGGUAGUAGAACACGGACCGGUAGUAGGACACGGGCAGGUAGUAGAACACGGGCCGGUUGUAACACUGACACGGGCAGGUAGUAGAACACGGGCAGGUAGUAGAACACGGACAAGGCCAGGUAGUAGAACACGGGCAGGUAGUAGAACACGGACCGGUAGUAGGACACGGACACGGGCAGGUAGUAGAACACGGGCAGGUAGUAGGACACGGACACGGGCAGGUAGUAGAACACGGGCAGGUAGUAGGACACGGACCGGUAGUAGGACACGGACACGGGCAGGUAGUAGGACACGGACCGGUAAUAGGACACGGACACGGGCAGGUAGUAGGACACGGACCGGUAGUAGGACACGGACACGGGCAGGUAGUAGGACACGGACCGGUAGUAGGACACGGACACGGGCAGGUAGUAGGACAUUGGCAGGUAGUAGGACACGGACACGGGCAGGUAGUAGGACACGGGCAGGUAGUAGGACACGGGCAGGUAGUAGGACACGGGCAGGUAUUAGGACACGGUCAGGUAUUAGGACACGGACCGGUAGUAGGACACGGACCGGUAGUAGGACACGGGCAGGUAGUAGGACACGGACCGGUAGUAGGACACGGACACGGGCAGGUAGUAGAACACGGACCGGUAGUAGGACACGGACACGGGCAGGUAGUAGGACAUUGGCAGGUAGUAGGACACGGGCAGAUAGUAGGACACGGACACACGCAGGUAGUAGAACACGGGCAGGUAAUAGGACACGGACCAGUAGUAGGACACGGACAAGGGCAGGUAGGAGAGGUAUAGGACACGGACCGGUAGUAGGUGACUCAGACAGGUGGUAGGACACGGACACACACAGGUAGUAGGACACGUACAGGUAGUAGGACACGACACACGGACAGGUAGUAGGACAGGUAGUAGGACACGGACACACACAGGUAGGACACGGACGGGUAGUAGGCGACACGGACGGGUAGUAGGCGACACGGACGGGUAGUAGGCGACACGGACGGGACGGACGGGUAGUAGGCGACACGGACGGGUAGUAGGCGACACGGACGGGUAGUAGGCGACACGGACGGGAAGUAGGCGACACGGACGGGUGGUAGGACCCGGACACGGACGGGUGGUAGGACACGGACGGGUGGUAGGACCCGGACACGGACGGGUGGUAGGACCCGGACAGGGUGGUAGGACCCGGACACGGACGGGUGGUAGGACCCGGACAGGGACGGGUGGUAGGACCCGGACAGGGACGGGUGGUAGGACCCGGACAGGGACGGGUGGUAGGACCCGGACACAAACACACUUUCCCCCACCACUACUUUUCCUCUUACUGUAAUUUUCUCUUUUCUUCAGUCUCCUCAUCUCUGUAUUUCUCCACCCUGUCUAAUCCUCUUACUCUUUCUCUCCCUCCUUGUUCCCCUCCCUCUUUGUUCGAUGGGACAGUGUUUAGGUGUGUUCCAGGGCUGUAGGUGCUCUGUCCCCAUAUCUAAUAUCCCCCUCGUCUCCCUCUUUUGUCUUUCAUUCCUUCUCUCCAUAUCUUCCCCUGAAACUUCUCCUUCUGUCAGGUGAGAAGCCGUUUAAG